UUAAAUUUAUGUAAAUUGAACAAAUGGAUACACAUUUUACUGAUACAUGAAAUUUCUUGUUCAAGAGUUUGAGGAAAAUUUCGUCAACAGGAAUAUAUCUUUGUUUGAAUACAGAGAUCGGCGGCGAGUAAAGAGAAAUGGAGAAAGAGGGAAAAAGCGACGCCGAUAACUGGAGUACAAUCACAGUGAAUGUUAAGUUCAGCGGCCGAUCGAUACCGGUAGAAAUCUCCGACGAGUCCACCGUCAAACACCUCAAGUCUCUCCUUCAACCACUCACAAAUGUCCUCUCUCGCGGCCAAAAACUCAUCUUCAAAGGGAAAGUUUUGGUGGAUGAAAUGACAUUGAAGUCAUCGGAGGUUGGAAAUGGUGGCAAGAUCAUGCUUAUGGCUUCCCAGGGCUUACACCAAGGGGAUGGACCAAUAAGAAAGGAAGCUUCCAACUUGCCCACAGCAAGGAGGAUGCCUGAAGCUAUGAGACCUAAAAGGGACGUUCCUCAAGUUCCUGUUGUGAAGAGCCAACUUGAACGGUGGAAGGCCACUGGGGUUGUUGCAUUAUCAGAAUGCAAUCUCAAGGCCCUGCCUGAUGAAGUGUUGACCUGCGGACCUUCUGCUAGAGUCCUUGAUCUCAGCCACAACGCAAUAAAGCAUCUUCCAGCCACGAUUAAUAGCUUGAGUUCUCUUCAGAAAUUGAUCCUCAAUGGGAAUGAAAUUAUGGAUAAUUCCUUAAGCUGGGAAGAGCUAGCUUCUCUAAAGAGUCUUGUGGUUAUUUCACUGAACCAAAACCACAUAGCAACACUGCCUCCUGAGGUCGGCACUUUGACCAGUCUGAGACAACUUCAUAUUGCACAUAACGAGUUAACAGGUCUCCCAUCUGAGAUAGGUCUGCUGACCAGCCUUGAGGUCCUGAAAGUUAACAACAACAGGAUUCACUCUAUUCCGGAAAGUAUAGGGGGUUGUGCUUCUCUUAUUGAGGUUGAUCUUUCAUCUAAUCUUUUGGUAUAGCUGCCAGAAACAAUUAGCAAACUAAAGGUCUUAAAGGCACUUUAUCUCAGAAACAACGGGCUCAGAUCCCUUCCUAGCAGCAUUUUUAAACAAUGCUGCGAACUCUCUACACUAGAUCUCCAUGGAACUGAUAUAACUAUAGAUGUUAUCAGCCAGAUUGAAGGAUGGGAGAAUUUUGAUGAGAAAAGACGCUCGAAGCAUCAGAAGCAACUGGACUUCAGAGUGAGCAGCUCUGGCAAAUUUGAUGAAGGAGCUGAUAAAAGCUGAUAGGCCAGAUACAAAUUGCUCGGUAAUGCGGUUUUAUAUACACCCUGACAUACAUUUGCAUUGUGAUCCCUAGCAAACUUUACAGAAGAAUCUUUUAGUACCUGUUAAGAUACAUCAAGAAAUUAUAAUGAGCAUACUGCUCCUGUGUACACUCCCUACAGAUUUACCAUUGUCCUGAUGCUUUGUGACAUAAAACUGUUACAUGCAUUGUUGAAUGAAAGUUCCCUUAAGAUGCA